UGGAAUACACCGGAAGUGGCGUGGCGUGUUUAUUUGUGACGCUGUAGUGGCUCCUGUCAGCCGCUGGUCUCCUCUUCCUUUUGCCGCGGAUCGGAUCUCCCGUUCUCCCAGUUGACAAUGCAGCGUAUGGGGCGUCACUUCGCCCGCGCCGCAUCCCAACCUUCCAGCACGCCACUUCCAUCCAGCGGGGUUGACGCAGCAGCGGCGGCGGCACGAUGCCGUCUGACGUGGAGUACAGCCCGGUGGGAGAGGGGCUAGGGAUGCGGGACUUCUGGAUCUACGUGUGGCUGCGCAGAGCAGCUUUGAUCGCAGCUCAUGUCACCGGUCUAGGCCUUACCAUCGUCAUCUCCGUGCUGUCCAGACCCGGAACCAGUCUGUUUUCUUGGCAUCCGCUGUGCAUGUCUGUUGCUUACUGCUUGUGCAUGACUGAAGGCAUCCUCCUCUUCUCCACUGAGGGUACCAUUUUCUGCCUGAAGUCACGGAAGAACAAAGUGCGUUUCCACUGGCUGUGCCAGGCCCUGGGGCUGGUAGCGGCGGCGGUGGGACUGGGCUUCAUCCUGGCCAGUAAGGUCGUGUCUGAGCUGCCCCACCUGGUGUCCUGGCACAGCCUGAUGGGCUGCUGCACCCUGGCUGCCUCCCUGCUCCAGGCCGGCUGCGGCACCUGCCUAGUAUUCCACAAGCAGCUGCGGCUCUCCUCAUCCCCGGCCAGACUCAAACUCUACCACGACACCUGCGGCCUGGUGGUGUACCUGCUGGCCACCGGCACCAUUAUGCUGGCCAUGGUGUCAGACUGGUUCCAGGCCACGGUGAAGGGGGCAGUUUGGUGGCUGAUGGCCGUGCUUCCCCUCUUCCCUGCCCUGGUGGCCAUGAACCAGAUCACCAACGCCUACCUGCCCCGCAAGAAGAUAAGCAGCUAGGCUGCAGACGGAUCACGGUGCAGAGUCGGAACCGGAAACGAGUUUUCUAAGCUUUUGAUGGAGACUGUUUUCACGCUUCGGGGAUUCAUUGAGUUCUAAGCAGAUUUUUGUCCAAACAUGUUCCCAUCUGAAGUCCGCAGCCAGCAUCUAGUGGUGAGUGGAGGAAAUGCAACAUGAAGCUCUUAAGCACUAAAUCAUAUGUGACUCUGUGGAUGAAGGCAGAGCCUCUGAAUGUGUUUUUGUACCGCUGAUGCAGUGAAAGCAAUGAAGGACGACCGGAAACCUGACAGCAGCUUUUAGAUUCCUGAUCACUUUAAAGCUGCAGUCUGUCACUUUUAUAAAUAAAAAGUAUGAUGUCGUGACUGUAUAUGAGACCAAUAAUCUGUAAAAAAACUUAAAAAAAGAAUCAACCUCCUCUGCUCUCUCCCAAUGCUAACUAGAACUAACCAAUUAGUGCCAGGAGGAAGGUCUUAGUUAGCAGUCUCAUUCACCUAGCUCUGCAGCUAGCAUAUCCUGUUGUGAAUGCCAAGGCUAGUUAGGAUGGCCACCAAUGACGAAGGAUAAACGGCUUUCCUGUACUGUGAAGUUGUUUAUCGGGCAUUAGCACAUUUAGCAGAAUAAUAAGAUUGAUUGACAGCGCUAAGGCACGCCUCCUGACUCUGAUUGGUUGUUUUCGGUCGGGAGCAGUGCAUUUCUUCAGACAGAAGUAGCAGCUCAGGGAGGAAGAGGAGGAGAUAGAUCUUUUCACAGUUCAUUUGUCUCAUAACAAACUGUCAUGAUGUGGUGAGUUUUAAUAAAUAUAGAAAAAAACUGCUGACAGUGCCCUUUAAUUGUUGUUUAAGAGGUUGGUAAAAUAAAUAGAACUGGAUUGAUUAGAUAAUGGGUGUCCAAAUUGAGGUUCAUUUGUUGUCCCUUGUGUCGCCUUCCAACUGGAUACAUGGAUGCAGACGGAGACAUUUUAUUUUUAAUCAGGGUAAAAAAUAUUAGACACCAUUUUCGAACAGAAAAAUGAACACAACAUAAAGUAUUUGUCUUUUUAUAGCCGAGUGUUUACAACAUGUAAGCUAUCUAUUUACUUAAUUCAUUAAACCUGAAUAAACAUGGCUUGUGCUUUGAGAGAAGGUGACCCCUAUCGUGUUCUCAUUACUGGAAAUAAAUUUGUCGAGUCGAGCGCAAAAGAAACUGAAAUCCAUUUUAAGUUUGGAUCUCCAACGAGUAACGUCCAUUUCAUACAACAAAAAAGGGAAUUUCUUCAUUUGCUUAAUAUUACAAUAGUUUAUUUCUUCAAUGUUUUCUUGGCCUGCGAGAAGUUCAACUUGACAAUUUUGGCCACUUGACAAAACGUUUGGACACCCCUGGAUUAGAUGACGUACUGUAUGUCCUUGAGCUUUAGUUUGUGUGUGAAUUGGCUUUAUAUGAACAAACUGAAUGCAGACUAACCUUGAAUGGCUCAGGUGAACCUAAUGUACACACAUCGACCAGAUUUACCACCAGUUUGCUGUAUAGAAAUAUGAAAAAUGUGAUUUAAAAAAAAAAUAAUUGUCUGUCGUUGGAGAAAGAUUUCAUUUGGGUUUUUGUAUUUUCUGCUCCUCUUUCUUUACCUCAGGUUUUCUUUGCCUCUCCACUGUAAAGCACUUUUUUUGUACCUUUUCUAUGAGUAAAAGGUAAAUAAAGUGACUGGACUGCACUGGUAGAUUUUCAGGA